AUGUAUGGAGACAAGGGCCCGCCUAAGGGCUACAGUGUCCCUCGAUACGACACCAAUGCCAGCAAGCGAUGUCAAACAUGUUCGAGCAAGGAGCACUGGACCUUUGAGUGCCCACAGAGGCAAGUGUCCACGUCGUCUGCAAAGAAAAGCGCCGCCGCGACAGUGAAACUGAGCCGUAGCCAGAUGCUCCGGUACGGGAUAAAGCAGAGGUCUAUCAAUUUCGUGCCGGAACCGACGGAGCGCGAGCUGUUUGAUGCGGAACUAAAGGAGCUGCGCAACGUGCUGACGACGGAGGUGCGUCAGGAGCUCAAAGCUGAAAAGGCUGCGACUCACAAGAGCGGCCACCCCCGCACGGCGCAAGCGGCGCCGCUUCUCUCCGCUGAGCCAACAAAAGAGUCGCCACUUGACUCCGUCACAAUCAAGAAAGAGCGUGAGGAGGAGGGAGGGUGA